CUAAGGAGGAUGAGAGUUUGGCCGAAGAAAUCAUCCAUGCCAACAAACUUGAGGAUGACUUAUCAAGACAUUUUGCUUCUCUUAACCUAGGCAAUGAACCUGGUGAUUCAGCUCGAGAGUUAAGGGGUAAGAUUUCACAUCUUAAGAGUCCCAAAAGAACUGACCCCAUGGAGGGAUUAUCAAGUAACUUAGCUUCGCGCAUUCUAGGGGAGGAACAUGGUGAUUCAGCCACAGUUUCAAGAGAUUCUAAGAAAACUCAAGAGUCAAAAUCAAGUUCACCGAAAGAGACUGGUGAUCAUUCUCGACUUGUGAAUACUAGCACUAGUGUCAAUUUCCAAAACAGGAGUAAAGGAGAAGCUGCUGGGGAAAGUAGUCAUGCAGACAUGCCCGAUGGAGGAAUUGGAGUUGACAAUCCUAAACAAAGAUCUAAGGAAAGUUCGGAGUUGAAAGCUAGUUCAUUGAAAGCAACUGGUAAUUCUCGACCUAUGGAUACUAGCACUAGUAUCGACUCCCAAACGAAGAGUAAAGGAAAAGCUGUUUGGGGAAGUAGUCACGCAGACAAGCCUGAUGGAGGUGCAGGAAUUGGAGUUCACAACUCUGAAGAAGUUAGUUCUUUUGCAAGGAGAUCUAAGGAAAGUUCAGAGUCGAAAGCUAGUUCAUUGAAAGCAACUGGUAAUUCUCAACCUAUGGAUACUAGCACUAGUAUCGACUCCCAAAAGAAGAGUAAAGGAAAAGCUGUCGGGGAAAGUAGUCACGCAGACAAGCCCAAUGGAGGAAUUGCAGUUGACAACUCUGAAGAAGUUGCAGUUGACAACUCUGAAGAAGAAAAUCAUACAGAUCACUUCGGUGGUCUACCAGGCCUUGUAUCUGGUGGCUUAUGCAUUGUGGGGUUUCUCCUUUAUCGAUUUUGGGCGCGGUCAUAAUACUUAGAUAUGAUUGUAAAGGUGUGAAAUUUAUUUAUAUAUGUAGGAAUUGGAAGACGUGAAAUUGUUAUUAAUGUUGUGAGACCAGAGCAUACAUUGCUAUGUAAAUUGUCACAUAUACUAAAAGUGAGA